AUGGCGAAAAGCGUUAGACUGGAACGCGCGCGGCGGCGGCGCGGAGGCCUCAUGUCCAAGGCCCGCAAGCUCGUGGCUGCGUGCGUCGGAGGAGUGUUUCUGCUCAUCACGAGUCGUCAAGUCAGUGUAGAGGCAUUGGGCAGUCCGCAAGAGCAAACCCCACAGAGUUUUGAGGCGCCAGUUUUCAAGGACCACACUGCCACAUGUAAACUGAGCAGUGUGUCCGGAGCUAGCGCCUCCGCCCAAAGUCAUCUGACUCUUUCCGAGGACCAGCUCGCCGUUACGCUUGUGUGUCAAGGAGGCGGUGCCACCGCCGUACCAGACGGGCCUCAAACUGUUUGUCAAGAACUUUCAACCAAGAAAGAGCGGGGUACUGCCGACGACUGCACGAUUGCAGAAAGCAUCACAGGCACACCGGUUUCAUUGGCGACGGUGCUCGCGGCGGACAGUCAAGCGAAGUGGGAAAAAGACACCACCACAGAAGGCAGUAGUGCAGUCUCACGGACGUUGACCAUUCGUAACAAAGAUCUCCCUCUGACUGACACCAGCUUCUACGUGGGGUGCCGCAAAAGUACGGGGGAUAACGCUUCGAAAUGCAAGGUGCCUGUGAAGGUCUUGGCGAGACAUUCAUCAGCCGAAACUAACAUUGUCACCUGCGCAUACGGGGCGAACAGCAACGAGUUCCCCGUGAAUGUGGAAAUCACACAAGAGCGGAACACACUGACAGUAGUGUGUGGGACGGAAGGUUCCAUUCAUCCUCAGGAGUACAAAACCCAAUUCUGCGAGAAGGAAGACCUGAACGCGUGCACCAAGUCCUAUAGUGAAAUUCUGCCUAUGUUCGACGAACAGUGGUGGGCAGAGGAGAAGGACAGUUCUGUCAAGCUGACAAUACCGUCUACCCAUUUCCCGACUCAGGACCAAUCGUUCUAUAUGGGGUGCAGCCCGACCAAAUCCGAAAAUGAGGAAUCUCAAGUCUCAUCUGCAAGGGCGGCAGGGGAUGCCGGGUCUGACACUGCUCUUUCAACGUGCAAGGUGUUGGUGACUGUCAAGGCGUCGGGCUCCUCCUUGUCUGCAGGCCCGCGCGUCGGAAUGGUGACUGCAGUUUCUGGCGCAGCUGUGUUGACGGAAAUCAUUGCUGGCAGCUUGUGA